AUGUGUAGAACUGCUUUUUCAUAUCUCCUUUAACAUAUUUUGUUUCUGGUUAUGUUUAUGAUUUCACUGACAGUUUUCAGGUUUUCAAAGAUGUCUGUCUCCCAAAAAUAAACAGUGGAGUUACUGAUACCGAUUUUGAUAAAGAGAAAUUCCAUUGAUAUUACUGUCCUUUCAUACAAAAAUAAUGAGUAAACUUUUGUCAAGGUCGUCGAAUUUGGUUUUAAGGAAUUACGCUGCCUCAAAGACUAUAGUUCCCUGCCGUCGUCAAGCCGAAUGUUGGCCGAAGCCCGAAUAUGGCCCUAUGGAGGUCCACCGAUCAAAUUUCUUGAACGGGAUGAAAUUAGCCGCUGCAUCGCCUCUAGGUGCGCCGAUUUGUGCAUGCACCAUCAUGUUCCAGGUGGGUUCCCGUCAUGAGAUUGACGACGAGCUUGGAGUCACGCACUUCCUGCGCGCUGGCAGCAUAAUGAGCGGCGCCGCUUACUCCAGAUACAUUAAAACCAGGGUCCUCCAUCAGUGCGGCGGCUUCCUGUCCUGCUCGUCUGACCGGCAGACGGUCAGCUACACUCUGCGUUGCCCUAUGCCAGUGUUCCCGGAGCUCAAGUGCUACUUGCUGGAUUGUGGAGUCAGAUGCCUGUUUCCACAUUAUGAGCUAGAUGAUAUAAAGAGAAUGGUGCGCGAAGAUUUGGACCGUCGAACAUCGGAAAGUCACGUAAUGGACCUGAUACAAAAGGCCUGUUUUGCCGGGCCGCUAUCUAACUCCGUAUAUUGUGCUGAAGGAAGGAUCGACAGUAUGACGUCAGAGACAAUUCAGAAUUUUGUCGAGACCCUGUUCAGGACGAAUAUCUGCUCAGUUGGAAGUUUUGGUGUGCCCUUCGAAGAGGCUCUGAAAGUUGCUUCUCACAUUGACUGCGGAAGAACGGAGCGGCCACCAUACAUGUGCAUGUCAGUUUCGUGUCCUCGGGGUGGCUACGAGUUCUUCGACAAAGGUCGUGGGGAGAUGACUUAUGUGGCCCUCGGAGUCCCAGGAGCUGGCACUUGUGACACCGAUUGCUUCUUAAAGCACGCGAUCCUGGCGGCAACUCUCGGGCAACCAGGGAGCAGCCCACAGCCGUGGCUGCACAUCGCCGACCAGACGCCAGCGCCGCCCAUGACCACUCUUGCGGAGGGAGACCCCUUCGUCAAUAUCAAGGCCUUCAACAUAUCCUACAUGGAUACUGGAGUUUGGGGUUUCCUUAUACAAUCAGAUGCGAAGAAAAUCAGAUGUUUGACGCUAAAAGUUAACGAAUUCUUCGCGAAUCUGUGUCAGAAAAUCUCUAUUAGGGAUAUAGAUAUCGGCAAGAAGAGACUCAAGCUAGGCGCAAUGGCAUAUACGGACACAUGCGAGAGGAUGGCGGAGAACUUAGCUCUGCAGAAUGCGACUUGCUGCCCCUGCGACGGGCCGCGCCAUCUUGCUAGAAUGAUCGACGCUAUACCUCCUGAAGAGAUCAUACAGACAGCCGGUGUACUUUCCACUAAACAUUGCUCCGGUCAACUGGCAGUGGCAGUAGUAGGCGAUGUCGCAGCAGCUCCAGACGACUCGGAAAUGUGUAUAUUUUGAGAAAUUUAC